GGAAACGAAAACGUUUGGUUAGAAAACGGUCUUGUUGUUACUGACUAGUUUCACUGGAUAUCUUCACUUCGCUUCAUAUAAGUCCAGGUAACUUCCUUACCACCUAACAAAGAAGCCAUGUCUAAAGGAGCCAAAGAGACCAUCGUCACCAGGUUGGGCUUCAAAUCCAGCAGCUCUGCUUCCAAGGCUGAGGCAGAGCUGGAGAAAGUCAGGAAGGAGAACGCUCACCUCAGGAAAAAGAUUGAUGAACUGGCCAAACGACACAUCAAACCCCCUGACUCAGACAAAAGCAAGCUGCUGGAGAGGAUCCUGUCCCUUGAGACGCUGCGAGAGAGAAACAAUCAGCAGUUGCUUGUUAAAGAGCAGGAUCUAGAAACAAUGAGACGGCAGCUGUCAGCUAAAGGAGGAGAAGUUGUGGCAUCCCUGCAGGCCCAGCUGGAGCAGCGGAGGAAGGAGGCCGAUCAGAGAGACACGAUGUUCCACAGUUUGUCACAGGAGACGGGGAACCUGAAAAACCAGCUGACCACUGUUUCUGCCCGCUGCCAGUCCCUGGAAACACAGGCGACGAAUGGACAGGUGCCUCCUGCAGACUUGGCUUUGGUUCAAGAUCAACUGAGAGACGCUCUUGAGAAGAACCAGCAGUGGCUGGCGUACGACGCGCAGAGAGAAGGCUACGUCCAGUCGGUCCUCGCCCGCACGCUGGAGCUGGAGCAGCAGCUGGCCAAGCAGCAGCCAAUCAGACAAGAGGCAGCAUCAGAUGUUCCAGAGAAGGACGCUGAGCUGAAGCGGCACUAUGAGCAGCAGCUUUUGGGGGUGCAGAACAACCUGGAGAGGCAAAAAGAUCAGGCUACCAGAGGCCAGGAGGAGCUCAGUGUGCAGAGGGAACAGACGUUGAACGCUCAGGCGGAGCUGCGGUCUCAUAAGGAGCAAGUCAGCCGGCUCCAGGAGGAGAUGGCGGCGCUGCAGAGGAGGUACGAGGACAAGAGCAGCGAACUGUCGUCGUUUCUGAGGAGGUACGAAGAGAAGAGCAAAGAGUCGCAGGACGUAAAGAUGCAGCUGCAGGCGGAGCGGCACGGAAGCAGACAUGCAGUGAGCGAGGAGAGAAAGGUGUUGUCUGAGCGCUCGGACAGGAUGAGGAUGGAACUGGAGAGUAUGGACAUGAGACUGGAGGAGGAGAGGAAGAGAUCUGCUGAACUUCUGCUGCAGGUGAAUAUGCUGCAGAAAUCUCUACUGAGCCAAAAUGAAGAACAGAGGAGAAUCGCAGCGUUGGAGCAACAGAACCCCAAAUUCUCUGACUUUGUGGACAAACAGACCGGAUACAAGACUAAAUGCACACUUACUUUUCCUCUGAUGGCUGAAAGAGAGUGCCUUGGAGUUGUCAUGGCACUUAACAAAAUAGGAGCGGACACAUUCUCUCCAGAGGAUGAGAAGCUCUUCCACAAGUACAUGAACUUUGCCCAAGUCAUCUCCCUGCAGCAUCACACAAACUACAUGUUCAAUGUGGAGUCCAGAAGGAGUCAGGUGCUGCUCUGGUCGGCCAGUAAAGUCUUUGAGGAGUUGACAGACAUUGAGAGACAGUUCCACAAAGCGCUCUACACUGUAAGGAUCUAUCUCGGAUGUGAAAGAUACUCAGUGGGCCUGUUGGACAUGACCAAAGAGAAGGAAUUCUAUGAUGAAUGGCCUGUGAAACUGGGGGAUGUGGAACCCUAUAAAGGACCAAAGACGCCAGACGGCAGGGAAAUUAUCUUUUACAAGAUUAUUGACUACCUCCUGGAAGGCAUCAAAGAAGAAAUCAAAGUCAUACCUGGUCCGCCUAUAGACCACUGGGCUCUUGUUAGCGGCCUGCCAACCUACGUUGCAGAGAAUGGCUUUAUUUGCAACAUGAUGAACGUGGCUGCAGAUGAUUUCUUCACUUUCCAGAAAGAGGCUGUGGAUGAAUCAGGUUUUGUUAUCAAAAACUGUCUGUCGCUGCCCAUUGUCAACAAGAAGGAAGAAAUUGUGGGCAUCGCCACUUUCUUCAACAGGAAAGACGGCAAGCCAUUUGAUGAACACGAUGAGCAGAUCACUGAGGCCCUGACUCAGUUCUUGGGUUGGUCCGUGCUGGUUUGCGACACCUAUGACCGGCUGAACCGUAUGGAGUGGAGGAAGGACAUCGCCCAGGAUAUGCUGUUGUACCAGACCAAAUGCACCUCAGCUGAGAUGCAGUCCAUCCUGAACACCAAUGAGAAGUUUGACGCAGAGCCCGAAGACCUCGACCAGAAAGAGAUGUACAAACUGUUGAGAGCAAACUGCCCGCCAGCUGACAAUGUCACCGGAGAGAACCUGUACCUGUUCUCCUUCAGUGACCUCAACGUCUCCGAGACCGACCUCAUCAGAGCCGGCAUUCGCAUGUUCUUUGAGCUCGGAGUUGUGGAAAAGUUUAAAGUUCCUGCAGAGACACUGACGAAAUGGAUGUACACGGUGAGGAAGGGGUACCGUUCCAUCACCUACCACAACUGGAGGCACGGCUUCAACGUGGGCCACACCAUGUUCUGCCUGCUGCAGACAGGGAAGCUGAGGAAGUACUACUCUGAUCUAGAUGCCUUCGCCAUGGUGGCUGCUGCUUUCUGCCACGAUAUCGACCACAGAGGGACCAACAACCUCUACCAGACAAAGAGUCAACAUCCUCUGGCUAAACUUCAUGGCUCCUCCAUCAUGGAGAGGCACCAUUUGGAGUACAGCAAGACGCUCAUGGGUGAUGAAACCCUGAACAUAUUCUGCAACCUCCAGAAGCGUCAGUUUGAGAACGUGCAGCACUUGUUUGACGUCUGCAUCAUCGCCACUGAUCUGGCCCUUUACUUCAAAAAGAGAACCAUGUUCCAAAACAUUGUGAAUGCCACAGAGCCAAUGCCAGACGAAAAGGAGGCCAUUAACUAUAUUUCCAACAAUCCCACCAGGAAGGAAAUCAUAAUGGCCAUGAUGAUGACAGGCUGUGACUUGUCAGCUAUCUGCAAACCCUGGGAGGUACAGAGCAAGGUGGCCCUGAUGGUCGCUGCUGAAUUCUGGGAACAGGGAGAUUUGGAGAGAAGUGUUUUGGACCAACAGCCAAUUCCCAUGAUGGACAGAAACUGUUCUGAACAGCUAGGCAAGAUGCAGUGCGGUUUCAUCGACUUCGUGUGCUCCUUUGUGUACAAGGAGUUCUCCAGGUUCCACAAAGAGAUCACGCCCAUGUUUGACGGUCUGAAAAACAACAGGUGCGAAUGGAACAAGCAUGCCGAGAUAUACACCGCGAAGAUGAAGAUCAUCGAGGAUGAGAAGAAGAAACUGGAAGAUGAUGAGAACAAAAAAGGUGGUGGCGACGGGAAGUCAAAGACCUGCACCAUCUGCUAAAUUCCUCCAGUGCUUGGAUCUGGACUGAUGCGAUCUGUUUAGAAUUCAUCUCGGCUACGCUAGCCUAUUCUGAUCCGACAGCUAGUGUAGUUGGGGCUUGACUAGGCCAGUUUGGUCUGGUCUGAUCUACUGCAGCGUAGUUCUCUCAGGUUAGGUGCUCUCCGCUCUGCUGCAGGCCAGUUCAGCCCUGUUUGCAUCUGGUCUGGUUCAGUCUAGCCUAUAUUUAGUCUAGUGUAUUCAGGUCUGGUAUGUGGUCCAGUCCGCAGUCAGCCUAUCUAUUCUCCGAGGAGCGAAGAGUCAGAAAACAACACCAUGAAGUAACGUUUUGGACUCUGACCACAAGAGAAGCUUGUUUUACCCGGAAAUUGCGAUGCGUUUGAAACUUCCUCCUUAGUCCGCUUCCUCCAACACACAGCCAUGAACUUUUGAAAAAUAUAUACAUGGACAACAUAUAUUUCCCUUUAUCAUAGCAAUAAUCAAAGCAUUUCCAAUAUAUAAUUGGAAAACCUGGUUUGAUAAGCUCAGAAACUAGCAAUAGCAAAAGCAAUAGUAUUUACAGUGUUCCUAUUGGCGGUCAGUUACCACACAGUAUAGUAGUACUGUAGGUUGCACACUGCACUUAGCUGCUGCUGUUUUGGCAGCGGCAGGCCAUGAGUGUGCGGAGGAAUUGGGCUAAAAAUCUGUUUUGGGUUACCAGUUAGAGUAGCCUGAGUCCUGAAGGAUCUGUUAAUGGUGUAAAACAGUCCUUUGUAGCUUUGAUACAGCGAGUGAAAACAUGCAAUCAUAAAGGGCUGAUGUUCUUUUACCUCAAAAGGCGCUGAAGAGUUGUGAGGCUACAUUUAUGUUAAUAUGCAAUCUAUUUAUCUAUAUACAUAUAUAUUUUUUGGAUUCUUUGUCUGACAAUUUUGUACUUAAACUGUCUUCACGGAGAGAGAGGAUGAGACAAGCUUUGAGAGAGGGCGUUCUGAAUCUGUGAACAACUGCACGCUGAAAACACAAUCGAAAAUGUUUUGAAUUUGUGCAACUUUAUCGUAAACACCCGUAAGCUGUUAUGCCCGAUGACUUGGUAAAAUAACUUUAAAAAAAAAGCUAAUGUGAAUACUAUUUAUACCAGUGUUUAGAACUAAAUUACAAUUCCUUAUCGAUUCAAAAACGUCUUUUAAACUUGAUUUCACAUGUAUAUAGUUUAGAAAUUGUAAAAUGUAAAUUGUGUAAACUUAAGAAUAACUGAAGUGAAAACCUGAUUUGAAAGAUGUACAGUAAAGGCGACCUUUUCUUCUUCUUCUAAGGAGGUAAUAGUCGCAGUCAGUCAAACAGGCUAGAGUGGAUCUACCUGUCUUGUAAGAAGAUUGGAUAGGAUUUGAUUGUCGGCCAGCGUUUGAGAUCCACACAGCUUUAGACUUUAAAUACCCUUCUUACUGAGGAGGCAUAGCGGGCUACCAAAGCCUUGUAUGUAUCUGCAGACAACUUGAGUUUAAAACGUGACAGAUGAAGCUAUAGCAUCAUUGAUUGUAACGUGGUACAGGCCAAAGUCCUCUGAUAAUUUCCUCACUGAUGCAACAGUGUGACAAAUCACACAACAACCACUAGGUCAGUGUUAAUCUUAAUUUAUACCUGCAUUUGACCCUGAUCUAGCCAGGCAUCUGAGUCGACAGUGCACCCCCUGACACACUUUUAGCAAUGGCUAAAGGCAAGCCGUGGCUCUCAACUUGCUGUUACACAAUGUCAUCUUCUGUAAUGAACAGGUCAUCAAUCAAAGGCACUUAAUCCUAUCAGAAUGGCUUUGAGACUGGCUGGAAACUAUUUUUCUGCUGCUUGAGGGGAAGUGAGGGGCUUGUGCGGUCACUGGAGCCAGAACUGUGGAAUGAACAUUAACAGAAAGUGAUAUGUUAAACAUUAUAACCAUUAUUUUACCUCAUUGUUCCUGCUGCACACAUUUUCUAUCAAUGGUUACACCACGGGUUCUGUCUCCAGUGAGAAAAAAUGGCACCUCGCUUUUCCUUCAAGGAUCUUUUGUGAGAUAUCACACGGUAUACUUAUCCCAUCAACUGUCUUUCACACCUUAGAAAUCUUAUAAUUUGACAUAUGAGAUGACCUCUACUGUAUGUAUGUGUCAAGAGAUGUAAUAUGUGUAAGCAAAUAAAGGAAUUUAUGGAA